AUGUCAGCAUGGAUUCCCGCGAGUUUCAGCGGUCUGGCGCGUAAAGUGACGAGUGUUUUUGUUUCAUUUAAAGUAAUUAAACCUUUCCUGACUUCUUCAGUGUCAGAUGCACAGAUCCUUGAAGAGUUGGACAGACCUCUGGAGUUCGAUGGAGACAUCUCAGAGCUUGAAUGUUUAUCCAGUGAUGAAGAAUGCAAUGAAGAUACUGUUUUAGCACCAGAAGUGGAAAGUGAUGACGAUUCGUGUGAAGUUGUCUCAGAUACUGUGACUGAUCAGUUUGGCAGACAGAAAUCCAGAAAUGUUCCCCCUUGGCGCCAUACAGACGUCUUUGAGCCGUUACCACCUGCACCAGCAUUUGAAGAAACUGUUUGGCAAGGGAAACAUUGUGAGACAAGAGAAUAUUUUCUUAAAUAUAUUCCUUACAGUGUUUUUGAGCUGUUGUCAUCCUGUAGCAAUCAGUCAUCUUUUUCACGCACAGGGAAAUCACUAAAUACAACUCCUGAAGAGAUUAUGACAUUUUUUGGCAUCUCAAUCAAGAUGUCAUGCCUUGGCUACCCCAGAUUAAAUAUGUAUUGGGCUUUCGGGACGAGAGUGACUGAUGUAGCAGGGAAAAUGUCAAGGAAGCGGUUUUUUGCAAUCAGAAGUGCACUGAAACUAGUUACAGACAAUGAUGUGUCUAGUGAUGUGAGAGCAAAAGAUAAAUAUUGGAAAAUUCGUCCUUUGCUAAACACCGUCAGAGCAGGUUGUUUACAAAAUCCUAGGACACAGAAGGUGUCCAUUGAUGAACAGAUGAUUCCUUUCUGGGGCAAGACAACGAUGCGGCAAUACAUUCGUGGAAAGCCUAAUCCGUGUGGCCUCAAGAAUUUCGUUUCCACAUCUCCAGAUGGAUUACCACUUGACUUUUUCAUGUAUGAAGGGAAAGGUGACAGUAUACUGGAAGGCUAUGAUUACUUGAACAUUGGCGGAAAGGUAGUAAUGAGACUGGCAACUACGCUACCUGAAGGGUCUAUAAUUUAUAUGGACCGAUACUUUACGUCGGUUGAGCUCCUAGACUGUCUACACUCAGACAGAGGCUGUCAGGCUACAGGGACAAUACAGUCUUGUAAAGUUCCAAGAGCGAGCGAUCUUCAGUCGGAUACAGAAAUGAAAAAGGCAGGUCGGGGUGCAGCUGAUCAGUCUGUUCGUGGUGAUGGACAAAUUGCCAUUAUUAAAUGGUAUGACAACAAAUCUGUAAUUGUUGCCUCAUCUGCAGAAGGAAAAUUGCCUCUGGGACGGUGCAGGCGUUGGUCAAAGCAAGACAAACAAUACGUAAAUAUCAGCAGGCCUCUUGCUAUCGAAAAAUAUAAUGAAAAUAUGGGUGGGGUCGACAUGCUGGAUCGUGUCAUUGCUGUUUACAGACAAAGUGCAAGAUCGAGAAAGUGGACAGUGCGAAUGAUCCUGCAUCUCUUUGAUUUUGCUUGUGCUGCAGCUUGGAUAGAGUACAGGAGAGACUGUAAUGCACUGAAGAAAAAAAGGAAGAAUACGAUGGACUACCUACAAUUUAAAAUUGACGUAUCAGAGUGGCUUAUCCAUUCAGGAAAUGAUGUAUCUGAUAUUAAUGAUGAAUCUACAGAUGGAGAUAAAGAAGUAGAUAUCGCCUCCAGCUCCUUGAAAAGAAAAAGUAUUCCAGCACCAAUUCCGAGUGAUGCUAAACGAAAGAGCAGUGCUAUUCACAUGCCAGAGGUCACCAACGAUGAAAAGACUCAUCGUUGUAGGCGACCAGGAUGUAAAAGUGUAAGAGCACGAGUUUUCUGCACAGAAUGCAAGAUUCAUUUGUGCCUCGCGAAGGGCAGAAAUUGUUUUCGAGAUUUUCACACGAACUGA